AACAAUCCCUAGGCUUACACCUCGAAGCCUGCAUUAAAAUUCAGUGAGUGCUUAAACUACGUCGUAUUAGUGCUCAAAUUCAACACAAUUCAAACGCCCCCUGUUAAUUUUUUUUUUUGUUCCGAUCUGACGUGCGUGCGGUAUUCGCAUUGAAGUCCAUUAAUUUGACUCGCGCGUUGCAUGCCAUUUAACGUGGCGGCUCCCCUGUUAAUUAACAGUCAGUAAAACACAAAUCUGAACAAGUGCAAAAAUGGAGGCAAAAUCAACAAGUGCAUCGUCACUUCGAUGGAAAAUCCUUCGUCGUUCUCUUGUUCGUCCUCCUUCAUCUAAUUCAGAAGAUAAAUCUGAAAUGAGCAUUCAGCGAAUAUCAAUGAAAGCAACCCAUGGAUUUAAUUUGAUACCAUUUCAUCUGGUGAAGGAUAGCGUUGAAGAAAAUGUGAACUCAUCGAAGAAAAAUGUGAUUGAUAGCUCGCGCGAUGCUACUUUAUACUAUAUAUUGCCUGUUUCUAAUGCUCCCUCACUUAUUCUACAUCAGAGAGUGCGCGAUAUGGCACAUCUUGAUGAUUUUGAGGUCUGCAAUAGAUAUGAUAUUGACAACACCGGACUUGUUUGUCAAUGGCCAUCAGAGGAUGUCGUUGCCCACUAUUGCUUGUCACAUACAAACAUUUUAAGGCAAAAAAGAGUCAUUGAGCUUGGAUCUGGCUAUGGCUUAGCUGGAUUGAUCGUUGCAAUGACCACAGAAGCACGGGAAGUUUUCAUAUCUGAUGGAAAUCCCCAGGUUGUUGAUUCUUGUGCCUAUCAAACGCUGCGUAACAGUGAUGAUUCCUGGCUGAAUUAUGAGAUGGAUCAUUGCUAUCCUUUACUGGUCAGAAUCACGCGAUGA